AUGGCAGGCACGAAGUUUGCAUACGUGCGCAAUUUCGAGCUCCCUGAUCCAUUGUUACCAGACACCUAUCUGGUAUGUCGUCUCGAUGGCCACUCUUUCCACCGGUUCUCAGACGAGCAUGGGUUUGCCAAGCCCAAUGACGAGCGUGCGCUCCAACUCAUGGAUCACGCCGCGAAGAGCGCGAUGAUCGAGUUCAAAGACAUCUUGCUCGCGUUCGGUGAAUCCGACGACUUUCUCUUCCGAAAGUCGACGAACCUUUAUAACCGGCGAAACGCUAAAAUACUCACCACGUUGACGUCCUAUUUCACAUCGUGUUAUGUGUUCAACUGGUCGCAGUAUUUCCCAGACACGCUGCUACGAUAUCCACCGUCAUUCGACGGACGUAUUGUCGUGUAUCCGACUGAGCGUGCAGUUCGUGACUACUUUUCAUGGCGGCAAGCCGACACCCACAUAAACAAUUUAUAUAAUACAACAUUCUGGGCUCUUAUACAGAAGGGAGGUCAGACUACUACGGAGGCUCAUGCCACGCUUAGGGGCACCGUUUCCUCAACUAAGCACGAGAUGCUUUUUUCCCGGUUCGGUAUCAACUAUAACGAAAUCUCACAGAGAUUCAAGAAAGGCAGCGUCAUAGUUCGAGAGAUUGUGGCCCCUAGGUCGCCGGACAGGGGAGAAUGUCUAGAGACCCCCGUGCUUUUGACUCGCUCAGCGCCCGAGCAAGAACGCAGCGAGAGCAUCGAGUGCUCAGCAGCGUCUGAUCCAUCGACAAACAUACACUCACACUCACAUCAAAAACGCUCCAAGGCGAAGAAGAAAAACAAGGUGGAAACUACAGUAGAGGUCCUGCACUGCGAUAUCAUCAGUGACGAGUUCUGGCUGGCCCGUCCACAUUUGCUAGAAAAUUAA